UUACAUUAAUAUCAUCAUCACCAAAACUAAGGAAUACAAUAUAUAUAAUAUAUAAUAUAUUUACAUGAGUAUGCGUAUGAGUUCACAUAUGGGGUCAAUGGCCAGUUCAAUUGUUGCUUUUAUGCUAGUCCUCCUCCUCCCAAAAUAUCUAGCAGUUAAUAAUAAUAUUGGGAUUGUCCUAAAUUCUGAUGUUGAUCUCUUGGAAUUUCCUUUGAAUCUUGAGUUUUUGGAAGCUGAGUUCUUCUUGUAUGGAGCAUUGGGUUAUGGUUUGGACAGAGUUGCUCCACAAUUGACAAAGGGUGGCCCACCUCCCAUCGGUGCUACAAAGGCCAAUUUGGACAAUGUCACAACAGAUAUCAUUACACAAUUUGGGUUCCAAGAAGUUGGACACUUGAGGGCUAUUCAAAAUACAGUAACAGGGUUCCCAAGGCCACUAUUGAAUUUGAGUUCAUCAGUAUUUGCAGGAGUAAUAAAGGAUGCAUUUGGGAGAGACCUAAUACCUCCUUUCAAUCCUUACAGAAACAGCCUUAACUUUCUUAUAGCAUCAUAUUUAGUUCCCUAUGUUGGACUAACUGGCUACGUUGGAGCAAACCCUAACCUAAUCAAACCUACUUCCAAGAGUCUUGUGGCUGGUCUUUUGGGUGUGGAAUCAGGGCAAGACGCUGUAAUUAGAGCAUUGUUGUAUGAGCGUAGGGAGAUGAGAGUGGAGCCUUAUAAUAUAACUGUGGCAGAGUUCACAAAUCGAAUUUCUGAGCUAAGGAACAGGCUGGGACGAAGUGGUGUGAAAGAUGAAGGGCUUGUAGUACCAAUAGCUCUAGGCGCUGAAGGAAGAGUUUCUGGAAAUGUACUCUCUGCAAAUCAAGACUCACUUUCGUAUGGAAGGACACCGGCGGAGAUACUUAGAAUUGUGUAUGGAAAUGGUAAUGAACGUGUGCCUGGGGGUUUCUUUCCCAGAGGAGCAAAUGGUCGUAUUGCUAGGUCUUAUAUCUAGUUUCUAGGUAAAAUAGUUUCUCAUGAGAAAGUAAUUAUAAUUAAAACUUGGUACUUUUAUAAAAAUAAAUAAAUAAAUUAAUUAAAUAAACACUCUACUUUAUAGAUUGAUGAUACAUAAAUCAACUACAAUGUUUUGAUUGUAUAUGUAUCUUCCAAACUGUUAGUGUGAGUUAAAUUACAAAGCAAUAUAUAGUGCAACAUUGUAAAUAAA